CGGAAGUCUCUGCGACCCCCAAGGCGGGGGCGGGGCCGGGCGCCGCGGCUUCUCGGGCUUCGCUCUGCCGACGCUCCCAGCCGGACCCUCGGCACCCCGCCGGGCUGGGCUGCCUCACCAGGCGGCCUGAGGGCGCCCGGCGGGCCAACAUGGACAGCCCCGAGGUGACCUUCACCCUGGCCUACAUCGUCUUCUCCGUCUGCUUCGUCUUCACCCCCAACGAGUUCCACUCUGCGGGGUUGACCGUGCAGAACUUGCUGUCCGGCUGGCUGGGCAUCGAGGACGUGGCCUUCGUCCAGUACCACCUGCGCAGGACCACGGUCACCAUGCUGGUCCACUCGCUGCUGCCGCUGGGGUACUACCUCGGCAUGUGCUUUGCGGCAUCCGAAAAGCAACUGUAUUAUUUCAACCAGGCCCCAGAAGGCUGGAAGCUGUUCCUUCUACUUUCAGUCUCCUUCCCCACCAUCACCUGCACCAUUGCUUACUACUGGUCCCGGAACAGGUGGGACCGUCACCCGCUAGCUCGGACUCUGGCGCUUCAUGCCCUCCCACAGUCAGGGUGGCGAGCGGUGGCCUCCUCCAUCAACACAGAGUUCCGACGCAUUGACAAGUUUGCCACGGGGGUAUCGGGCGCCCGGGUGAUUGUCACCGACAGCUGGGUGAUGAAGGUGACCACCUAUCACAUCCACGUGGCUCAGCAGCAGGACAUCCACCUGACAGUGACGGAGUCGCGCCAGCACGAGCUUUCGCCAGACUCCAAUCUGCCCGUGCAGUUUCUCACCAUCCGAGUAGCCAGUGUCAAUCCCUUGGUCAAAGCCUUUGACAUUCGGUUGAAUUCUACAGAGUACGGUGAACUUCGAGAGAAACUCCAUGCCCCCAUCCGCAAUGCUGCCAACGUCGUAAUCCACCAGAGCCUCGGGGACUUGUUUCUGGAAACAUUUACAUCGUUGGUGGAAAUCAACCCACCUUAUUCCAUUCCCAGCAACCAGGAGCUGGAGCCCUGCAUUGGCUGCAUGCAAAUAAGUGCCAACAUUAAGCUGGUGAAGAACUGCCAGGAGUCGGACGAGGGCGAGUGCCAGCAGUGUUACUGCCGCCCCAUGUGGUGUCUGACGUGCAUGGGGAAGUGGUUCGCCAGCCGCCAGGACCAGCAACACCCAGAGACCUGGCUCUCCAGCCGAGUGCCUUGCCCCACCUGCAGGGCCAAAUUCUGCAUCCUGGACGUUUGCAUCAUCCACUGACCUUCCUUGAGCAGGGUUGUGCUCCUAGGAUUGGCUCUGGUGGCCUUGGGUGGGGGAGCUGUUCUUGGGCUCUUUGUGUCCAAGGCAAAGGCCCAUCUCAGUAACACCAUCCCCUGUCUGUUUGGGAAACUUGGCAGGCUUUAGGGUUUCCCCUCUAAGCUCCUCAGGCCUGUCCUCUCCCUCCAAAUAGCAGCCCUUCUCUGGAGGCUGCUCCUUUCACCUUGUUCCCAGAUAAGGGGAGGGAGGAGAGGCAGCACAAGGCUCUAACUUCCAGACUUUGGAAGGAAGAGGUGAUGCCUCAACCCUUCCCCGCCCCACCCUCUUUCUCUCUCCACACUUCAUAUAUAGUGAAGGAUUCCAGGGCAAUUGCCUAUCAUCCUCUGUGUGACUAGACUAGCAAAGGGCUAUUUUUAAGUAAUAAGUCAGACACUGUCCCUGACAGGAGCUGAGCUUUCUUUUACUGAAGCUGUUUUUAAAAGUUCAUUCUUUAUGAUUUUUGCACAAGUGCAUACAGUUCUCCAGGACUUCCUCACGCACAUUUUGGGCCUGUACCUACCCACACGUAUAGGAUAGACAUGGCUUCUAGGCCUGUGCAAAUCAUUUCAUCAUUUCAGUGGGAAGUUUAAUUCUAAUUUCUGUUUUAUUUGCUCUCUCUCUGUCCCACCCCACCCCUGCUCCUCCCUUCCUCUUGCCUCUUUCUUCCUAUCUCUCCCACUCUUGUAGUCCCUUCCACCCAUGUGUUUUGUACUAGAUAAUCCACUGUAGGCCACAGGAAAGAGGGCUAGGUCCUGCAGUAGCAAAAUACAAUUUCUACAGCUUCAGUAAUCAUAGUUUUAAAUGCAACCAUUUCCUCCACACCACCCCUAAACUACAGCCCUAUAGCUCAGUGCUUUGUGUUGACCACAGUGUUGGAAGUUGCUUCUCAGCACAACUGUUAGGGACAAGAGCAAGCACCUUAAUUAUCUAUAAUACAAAAAUCCAUACCAUAAAGGUAUUUCAUUUUAUUUUUUUUUCUUUAAGGUAUUUUAAAGGACAAGACUAGAAUCAUCUAACUAAGAUUUUUAAAAAGCCUACAACUUUGGGACAAAAGCAAUCGGUUUCAUGGUGUAAAUACAAAGAAAGAUCUUCCAUUCUUUGCAGGGGAUGCAGUAUUUCUAGUUAUGUUGGAUCCAUUUGAUUGUUAGACCUGUUUCCUAGCAUUUACCGCAUUGGGCAAUUGAAAGAGGAUCCCUUAGUAUGAAAGGUAUGAACACUCUCAUUCCAAUAAAGAGUAGGAAUCAUGUG